AUGGCGCCAAAACGCUGCCCAAACCGCCUCUUGGUGCUGUGCGCCUCCAUCAAUGAUGUCACCGCAUGGCCGUUUUGGAAGUUCCUGCAGAUGAAAAAGAUUCGCGGCGUGACGGACAUGGCGCUGCUGGCCUUCAACAGCGACGGUGGCAGUUUUGAGGCUCGCAUCGAUGGAGACAAGUACCAGCUCAAGAACUACGCCAAGGUUCGCGGUUAUCAGCAUGACAUGUUUGAGAACUUCGUGCAUCGCUGGCACGAUCCAGGUCGAAGUUACUUUGUGUAUGGCGGGCACGGUAUGGGCGACUACGUGGAGCUAGAACAGAACCGCGUCUCGCUGCAAGUGCACGAGCUCGCCGCCGUCUUCGGGACGCGUAGCUUCGAGGCGGUGCUUUUUGACGCCUGCUUCAUGGCGAACCUUGACUGCGCCUAUCACCUGCGCCAUAACACACGCUAUAUUGGUGCCUGCGAGGGGUACAUGUGGGAGCCUGAUACAGCCCUCGACUACCACGUCUUCAACACCCACAACGCAAGCGCUAUGAGCCGCUUCAAAGACCCGCUGCACAUUCUUCGCGUUAUUCAGGCUGACUACUGCAGUAAGGCGGCACGUGGUGACUUCACCAUCAUGGACACCACCCACAUCGCGGAGCUGCGGCAGUACGUGCAGGCGCAUGUCAUACAGCGUGUUUAUGAUCGGGCCACCUUCUACAGCCUGCCACAGCAGGAGCGACUGCAGCAGAUGGCCGAGGCGUCGAUGCAGGCGUCCAUUUCCGAGUUUGGUCACCCCGGCGGUGACAGCAACGUGAUGAAUGGCGUUGGCGGCGUCGUCGCCCGUCUGCGCAGCGCCCCAUCGUUACCCGAGGUGCUCGCGCUUUCCGCCGCUGGUAGGCCGACGCAGCGGCAGCGAAUGCGGCAGGCGAUCCAGUUUGAGCACGCGCUUUACCCGUCGGAAGUAGAGGACAAGCAGCUGCUUGACUUAAAGUCGUAUCUCACUGAUAUGCUCCAGGAGGAGCAGCAACGAAGGACAUGGGAGGCAGCUGCGUUGGGGCCGCAGCGCCGCGUCGCGGCGGGUCGCCGUCGCGUGCGAAGCGAUGCUCUGCAGCAGGGGGGCGUCUUUGGAAGCGCCGCCCCCACCUCCGCCUCGUCCUCCUUCGCCGUGUGGAGGGCACCGCCGUCGCGGGCGCUGUUUGUUGAUCGGCACGGGCGGCUGCCCGCUGGUGCCUCUACGGGGCGUGCGCCGCUCACCACCGGCGGCCCAGUCGCCGCGAAUGGCGCACAAGAGGAGGCGACGGUGCCGCCCCCGCCCCCCUCUGGCCCCUAUAAGGGCAGUGCGCAGGAGGGACUGGACCUUUUCCACCAGGUCGUCGUGAGCCAUGUCCCACCCAAGGCCGCUUCCAUCUAUGCGGCCCACCUCGGGGGGCUAUCCUUCACAGUACAUGAGUACAGUGCAAUGUCGCGGCCGGUAGAGCCGUGGUUGGUGGACUCCAAGAAGUUGCUGAAACGUCGAGCGAAGGUGUUCCUGAAGAACGGUGAGCUCUCGGAGGUGGUGAUGGAGUCCCCGAAGGCGUUGGCGCCCGUCACGAGCGCUACCCUCUUGGCCGCUGUGGACAAGGUGGCGACAACUGCGGCGGUGCUGGCGGCCGAUUCUGCGGGAAAACCUCAACAUGCGACCUCCGUAACCGCGUUACCACCUUCCAGCAGAGCGCGAAUGCUCUCCACGGAUCAGCGUCUGAGUUCCACAAGCAGUAGUAGUCUCACGGAUGGCAAUCGUUCCUUGUGCCUCACUUCUUCAGCACCGCUCCCCACCUCCCUGACCGAUGCAUAUAAUCGAAACACGACGGCAGCAGUGCAUGAUUCGCCCGAGCGAGCUGCCUCAUAUACACCAUUACCCAUCUCCAAACAGCGUACAAGCGCUUGCUGA